AUGUUAACUUGCCUUCUACUAAUAGCAAGCAAUUUUGUAAAUAUCUUUGGAAGUAAAUUAAUUUCUGGACUUCAAAUUGUUCCACCACAAGUCAAGUAUGGAAUUAAUCCAGAUGCAUUUAAUUCACAUGGCAAUGAGUAUUUCAGUAAUUAUGUUCAAUAUAAUGAUGACGAUGAAGGAUUUAUUUGGGAGAAAAGCGGCCUUUAUGAAGGUGACAUAAUGACUUACAGCAAUGAAAUAAGAAAUGGAAUACUUAAUGAAACGUUACGAUGGCCCAAUGCGACAAUUCCUUUCUAUAUCGAAGAAGAUCAUUUUAGUGACGACGAGUUGUUGGUGAUCAUGUCAGCAAUGCUCGAAUAUCAUGAAAAAACCUGUCUUCGGUUUAAACCGUACAAUUCGAAAGAUGAAAAUUGGGUUGUUGUGACAGGAAAUCGUGAAGGUUGCUGGUCAUCUGUGGGAAUGCAGAAUGAAGGUGGGCAACAACUUAAUGUGAAUUCGCCGAAAUGUGUUAAGAAAGGGACAGUGAUUCACGAAUUUCUGCACGCAGCUGGUUUUGCCCAUCAACACAGUUCAUCAAAUCGUGACGAUUACAUUGAGAUUGUUUGGGAGAACAUCUUGGAUGGUCAUGAAUCAAACUUUAAAAAAUACAACAAAAGUAUCGUCACCGAUUACGGAACUUCCUACGACUACGAAUCAAUCAUGCAUUACAGUAGAAAAGCAUUUUCAAAAAAUGGCAACGACACAAUCAUUCCAUUGCGAAAUGUUACACAAUUAGGACAACGCGAUAAAUUUUCUCUGAAUGAUGUUUACAAGUUAAAUCGCAUGUACAAUGCUUCGUGUCACAAACCCGAAACUGAAUCAAAAGAAAGAGAAUCUAACACAGAUUUCGAAAGCACAAUCAAAUGGUUCGAAACGCUUUUCAACUGA